AUGCUUCCUGUUGCUUUUUUCAUGUUGUCUUUGAUGACUUGUCAGUCUGGGGUAACCGUGCAGGAGAAGGUAAACAGGAGAGUUAUCCGGGCUGAUCAAAGUUCUACUCCAACAGCAGUUAGCUGCCAGCUAAGCAACUGGUCAGAGUGGACAGAUUGUUUCCCAUGCCAGGACCAAAAGUACCGAUACCGGAGUCUCCUGCAGCCAAACAAGUUUGGGGGCACCAUCUGCACUGGUGAUGUCUGGGAUCAAGCCAGCUGUCACAGUACUUCUGCUUGUCUUAUGCAAGCACAGUGUGGACAGGAUUUCCAGUGUAAGACAGGUCGUUGUCUGAAACGUCACCUUUUGUGUAAUGGAGACCAAGACUGCCUCGACGGCUCUGAUGAGGAUGACUGUGAAGAUGUCAGGGUCAUUGAUGAUGACUGCAGCCAGUAUGAUCCAAUUCCAGGAUCAGAAAGGGCAACCUUGGGGUACAAUAUCCUGACCCAGCAAGAAGUUCAGAGUGUGUACGAUGCCAGGUACUACGGGGGCCAGUGUGAGACAGUAUACAAUGGAGAAUGGAGGGAGCUUCGAUAUGACUCUACCUGUGAGCGUCUCUACUAUGGAGAGGAUGAGAAGUACUUUCGAAAACCCUACAACUUUCUGAAGUACCAUUUUGAAGCUCUGGCUGAUACAGAAAUUUCCUCAGAGUUCUAUGAUGAUGUGAAUAGCCUUCUUUCUGAAAUGAAAAAUGAAGAUUCAGUUUCAUGGGGAUUGACCCUUGAUAUAGGUUUUGCAUACUUCCCGAUAUCUGUGAAAGGGAAUCUAUGUAGAUCAAAAGACUCUUCAUUCUUGGAGAAGUUAAGCAAGUAUAAUGAGAAGAAAUACGGCUUCAUGAGAAUUUUCACCAAGGUUCAGACUGCUCAUUUCAAGAUGAGGAGGCACAACAUCGUACUGGAUGAAGGAAUGCUGGAGUCAUUAAUGGAGCUGCCAGAACAGUACAAUUACGGCCUGUAUGCCAAGUUCAUCAACGACUAUGGCACUCAUUACAUCACCUCUGGAUCAAUGGGUGGCAUUUAUGAGUAUAUUCUGGUGCUUGACAAAGAACAUAUGGCAUCAUCUGGCAUUACCAGCCACGACGUCAAGAAAUGCUUUGGAGGCUCCGUGGGCUUUGGAUAUACAUUUACAAAUAAGAUAAAAGUUGCGGGAGUUUUAUCAGGAGACAAUUGUCAAAGAUUUGGAAGCGGUGAAACUGGCAACAUGGCUGUGGAAAACAUUAUUUCUCGGGUCCAAGGUGGCAAUUCUGGCUGGGGUGGUGGCUUGGCACAAAACCAGAGCAUCAUUGCAUACCGUUCCUGGGGGAGGUCAUUAAAGUAUAAUCCUAUUGUUAUCGAUUUUGAGAUGCAGCCCAUCCAUGAGUUGCUUCGGCACACAAACCUGGGUUCCUUGGAGGCAAAACGUCAGAAUAUGCACCGUGCAUUGGAUCAGUACCUGCUAGAGUUUAAUGCCUGCCGCUGUGGACCCUGCUUCAACAAUGGGAAGCCCAUCCUCAAGGGCACCAACUGCAGGUGUCAGUGCCCCCAGGGUACCUGGGGCCAUGCCUGUGAGCAAAUAGAGCAAAAGGGAGCCAAGGCAGAUGGUCAGUGGAGCUGCUGGAGUGCCUGGUCAGCAUGCAGAGCAGGCACCCAGGAGAGGGAGAGAGAGUGCAACAAUCCUGCCCCAGAGAACGGAGGUGCCACAUGUCCAGGGAAGAAACUGCAGACACAGGCUUGCUGA